UUUUGAGUUUAAGACCUAGAACGGGUUAGACUAUGUUGUUAAUCGAUUUACCGUUGUUGUGACAUAGGGCUCGGGAUUGUCGUCUAUUCUCUGCUCAAGUUGGUCGGCACACCUGAAUAGGAAUUUGAGGUGAUCUUUGAGCUUGGAGGUAUUACUCCAUAGUUGCAGAUCAAAGCUUGAAGAUGUUGAGUUCAGACUGAAGGGAUUUCAGUAUCAUCUUCAUCACCAGAUCUGAAGGGAGUUCAGAUUGAAGAAGUGUUGAAGAGAGCUCAUCAUUCACACAAGGGGAUCUUGUGUCUCCAAUCAAGGGUCUUGGUUGGUAUGGGUAUAGAUUCACUGUAUUUUGUAAAAGAGUGUAUUGUUUACAAUAUUGUUGGUUUUUGUAAGAUACAUCUUUGAAUAUAGUGAAAGGUAUUACCCUGGUUCGGGGAACCCAAGCACUAGCCGCCUAGAAUGAGUUUCUAGGGCAGGUGAAGGUUGUAAAAUUCUGGUGUUGAAUCUUUGAUUUUGUUCUUUUUAUAUUCAAGCUUAAAUCAAGAUAAAAUCAAUCUAAAGAUGAAAAAGAUAGGUUAGACAAGAACUUGGGGCUUACAAUUGGUAUCAGAGCCGGCUAUUUCUGUUAGAAAUAUUGAUCCUUAGGGUUCUUGCAAGAUUCGUUGUUCUGAAAUUCAUUGUUGCUGCAAUUCUUGAUUUUUCUACAUUUUUUUUCUUUCUGCAACACCCAGUUGGAACUAACCCCCUCUCCAGACACGACUCUGGGAGUAUACUGCUCUCUAUCUUUGUUUUGUUUUUCCUUGUUCGUACAGGAAUGGAGAUGUUCAGAGAAGGAGGGUCCACAUCACGACCCCCAAUGCUGGAAGGUGCCAAUUACCCAUACUAGAAAACCAAAAUGCGAGCAUUCUUGAGGGCGGUGAAUGAAAGAGUUUGGAUGGCCAUAGAAGAUGGUUGGACAUGCCCAACGAUGAUGGAUAACGGUGUCACCAAACCAAAACCUAUGAGCUUGUGGACUCCAGAUGAGAUGGACAUGGCCAAUUUUAAUUCGAAGGCCAUGCAUGCUUUGUUCAAUGCAGUGUCCACAAAUCAAUUGAAGGUCAUUGUGAAUUGUGAGAUGGCCAAAGAGGCUUGGGAAAUACUACGAAUUAAAAAUGAAGGAACAGAUGCAGUAAAGAAAUCUCGUCUUCGUGCUUUAGCAAAAGCGUUUGAAGAUUUAUCAAAUGAUUCUUAUGCUUUGGGAAAGACUUAUUCAAAUGCAAAGCUGGUUCGUAAAGUCCUUGGAGUUCUACCUAGGAGAUUUAUGUCUAAAGUAACCUCCAUUGAAGAAAUGAGAAAUGUUGAGGAACUGGAUCUUGAUGAACUGAUUGGAUCCUUGCAGAAUUAUGAAAUGUCAUCAACAAGGUGGAAGAAAGAAAAAAAGAAGAAGGAUGUGAAUAAAGAAAAAGGGGACAACAGUAUUGCGUUCAUUCACAAAGAAGAAAAGAAGUCUAUCCCAGAUUUGUCUGCUGGUUUCUCAGAUGAAGCUGUAGAUUUGCUGACCAAGAACUAUGCAAAAUUCUUGAAAAAGAAGUACAAGAAACUGUGUUCUGAGGGUAAGGAAAAUGUUCCCAAAAGAAAUCCUCUUGGGAACUUCUGGCAUGAUCAGCAACCCAGUGACAGUAAAAGCAUGGGCAUUCAGUGUAGAGAAUGUGAUGGGUUCGGACACAUUCAGGCCGAGUGUGCCAACACUCUCAAAAAGAAGAAAGCCUUUGUUGCCACCUGGAGCGAUAGUGACGAAGAAAAAGAUUCUAUUGCAACCAAAAGUUUUGAUGAGGAUAAACAGGUAGUGGCUUUCAUGGCUCAAAGUCAUCAUUCUGUUGAAUUUGAGGAUGAUGGAGUCUCCACUGUGUAUGAAGUCGACAGCAAUGGAAGACAAAAUGCAUAUGAAGAGAUGUUUGUUCAGUGGGAAUAUAUGACCAAGCAGAUUAGAGGUCUGAAUAGUGCCAAGGAGCAGAUAGAGUCUGAAAAAGUCAAGCUGGAGGACAAUGUAAAGAAUCUCAACAAACUUCUUGAUGAGAAGGACAAUGAGAUCUACAAGCUUUCAGCUGAACUCAUAAGAGCUAAACAGGCUUUAGAGUUUAUCCCUCCAGGAACGGCUGCCAUCAAUCAAACUCUUCAACUUCAAAAACCUUAUGGUGAUCGAACCUCUAUCGGAUACAAGAUGUUGUAUAAGCAAGGAGAUAACUUGGGGGUAGAAGAGUCCAUUACACCAGUGAUCAACCUGGACAAAAAGGCUGAUGAGAAAUCAUCACUUCCCUCGACACCUGAGUCCUCAGACCCCACUGGAAAAUUCCAUGUUCCAUCUGGACCUACCAAGAUGAAGUUAGAAGGAAGAAGAAUUGCCCCGGAGAAUAUAUCUCACAUGGAGAGAUUCAUCCCAGUGUGUCACUUCUGUAACAGGAGGGGUCAUAUUCGACCCAGAUGCUAUAAGUUGCAGAACUACUUGAAAGCUAUGAUCAAUCGACCUAAGAGUUUUCAAAAACCCAAUAAAACUCGAAAGGAAGGAUCUCAAUAUGAGUGGAGAUUGAGGUCUGAUCGUGAAUUGAAUGUUGGGUUGGUAGCUCAAGUUUCAUUGUCUGCAUUUCUGGAAGGACAGUGGUACUUGGAUAGUGGUUGCUCUCGACACAUGACUGGCAACAAGAAAUUUUUAGUCAAUUACAAAGAAGCAAAUGAGGGGGCUGUCAUUUUUGGUGAUGGAAAUAAGGGCCAGAUUAUUGGAAAAUGA